AUGACUUUAGCUUUCUUGUUCAAAUGCUAAUUGGAGUAUUUAAAGAUCUCAAAUAUUUCAUAAUCUUCUUUGCAAUGUUUAUAUCAUUAUUUGGCAUAAUGUUCUAAAUUGUCAACAAGCGAUUUUUAACUUGAUGAUUUCCAUAAACAAGAUUAGUUAUUGGUAAUAUUUACUUGGAUUAUUUGGAUAAUCGCAGUCUUGAUUUUGAAUAUAGUAUUCAUGAAUUUUAUCAUUGCUGUUAUUUCAGAAUCAUAUGAAAGAGUAAUGUAAAAGCUUGUUGCUGAAACAUAUAAAGUGAAGGCAAUUGUUAGAAAAAAAAUUAAGAACGAUUCAUGUGAUAAUGGUCAAUGGCAAGGAUUUAUUAAAGAUUUGAAGUAUACUAUUAAAACGACAUCAACAAAAUUAAAAGGAGAAAUUAUUUAAAACUAGUAAUCAUAAUUUAGAAGGAUUGGGAAAGAUAUUGAGGUUAACUCAAAUCUUAUUGGUUAGAUUGUAGGACUUGGAGAAGAAAUUCAAAAAUUAAAAGAGCAAUUUCAAGUAAUGUCAAGCAACACAAAAGCAGUAAUUUAGUAAUUGAAAGCUGAUUAAUAAACAUAUAAAGAAGACGCUUAGAAGAAUAAUAAAUAAUUGAAAAGACUUGACUCAAAAUCAGAAAUUAAAUAACUCUAGGGAAAUAUGAUUAGCAUUAAAAAGCUAUUGGAAGAAGUACUUUAGAAAAAAAUUGAUCAGUGA